AUGUUUUGGUCAGCAUUUCACUUAUCGGUUUUGUCUCUGACUUACAUACAGACACUGGAGCUUAUUCAACAGGAAAAAAUGAGCUUAUCUUCCAGACUAAUAGAAAAGAGUGCUUACUACUUCAAGGUGGUCGAGGAUCUUUCCUCCAAAUUGCAGCAACAACAGGACUGGGUCAUUUAUCAGAAAGGAAGACAAAUGGAAGAGCAUGAUUUGGUCAACAAGAAACUUGAUGAGAAAAUGACUGAAUCUGAAGGUAAUCUUAAUGUUGGAAACUCUAUGCUUACGAAUAAUGAGGUAAAUACCCUUACACCAACAACUGAGAUUUAA